AUGGCUAACGUCCAGCGAAUUAUCAUCUCGCUGAUGGUCCUUUUGACCGCGACCUUCUUGUUCAUGGGUCAGACUGCUCAAGCUGCAAAGGGCCCCAAGAUCACUCACAAGGUCUACUUCGACAUUGAACACGACGGCCAGCCUCUGGGGCGAAUCGUCAUGGGUCUCUACGGCAAGACCGUACCAAAGACCGCAGAGAACUUCCGGGCACUGGCUACAGGCGAGAAGGGCUUUGGCUACGAAGGCUCGACGUUCCACCGAGUCAUCAAGCAGUUCAUGAUCCAGGGCGGUGAUUUCACAAAAGGAGAUGGCACAGGUGGAAAGUCGAUCUAUGGGAACAAGUUUGAGGACGAGAACUUCAAGUUGAAGCACACUAAGAAGGGCUUGCUGAGCAUGGCCAAUGCAGGAAAGGACACCAAUGGGUCGCAAUUCUUCAUCACUACAGUGGUUACAAGCUGGCUGGAUGGCCGCCACGUCGUUUUCGGCGAAGUGCUCGAGGGCUACGACGUCGUGGAGCAGAUUGAGAAUGUUCCAAAGGGAUCAGGCGACCGUCCAGCCAAACCGGUCAAAAUCGCAAAGAGCGGAGAACUUGAAGUCCCGCCUGAAGGUAUCCACAACGAAUUGUAG